AAGGCAAGCUGAUACUGUAAUAGAUCUAGAAUAACUAGAUUUAGAUCUAUAUAGAUCUAGUACUUCUACAUGAUAGUCUAGACCCACUCUAGUAAUACUCUCACUACUGCCAGAUCUAGAUCUGGUGUAAUUAAAUAAAAAAGUAACUUCAAAAAAGAUCUAGAUGAUUUGAGUUUAAGAAUCAAGAUCAAAGUAACUAAUCUAAAAGACAAAGCAACUAAUCUAAAAGAAGGUCACUAGCUCUAAUAACACACUUCUGAGAGUGACAGAGUUUCUGCAAAAAUGGGGAAAAAGCAACACCAAAAGGAUAAGUUAUACUUGACUACAAAGGAAUGGAAACAUGAAUGGGGAGGUUACAAAGGUAUACAAAACACAGGGGAAAGUGUCAAGUUUCGCAGAUUACCUUAUUACUGCUGCAGUAUUUCACUUCAACCUUUUGAGAAUCCACUGUGCACUAAUGAAGGAGUCAUCUUUGAUUUAAUGAGUAUAAUCCCAUUUUUAAAAAAGUAUGGUGUCAAUCCAGCAACUGGAGAGAAAAUGGUAGCUAAGGAUCUUGUCAAAUUGAAUUUUCACAAAAAUUCUCAAGGCCAGUACCAUUGUCCAAUCACCUUCAAAGUUUUCAACGAGAAUGCACAUAUAGUAGCCAUCAAAACCACUGGCAAUGUAUAUUCUUAUGAGGCUGUUGAGAGACUUAAUAUCAAGCCAUGCCAUUGGAAAGAUCUUCUGACAGAUGAGCCGUUUGUCAGGAAAAAUAUAAUCACAAUACAGGAUCCAACAAACAUAGAAAAAUUUAACCUUCAGUCCUUUUAUCAUAUUAAAAAGAAUCUCAAGAUCACAGACGAUGAUGAUGCUAACCCUCGAGACAAUGUCAGAGUCUUGAAUAAUGAGGCCAAGUCUGCAUUAGAAGAGUUGGAAAGAGAAUUUAAACCCUCUCCAUUUUUGGCCAAAAAGGAAGAAGAAAUAAAGAAGGCUGACAAAUUUAAUGCUGCCCAUUAUUCCACUGGUCAGGUGGCUGCUUCCUUCACAUCUACUGCAAUGGACAGACACACAGAGUUUGUUCCUGAUAUCAUUCAUGAGGAUGUACUUAGGUAUGAGAGAGUGAAGAAGAAAGGCUAUGUCAGAUUGAUAACAAACUUGGGUCCUCUCAGCCUGGAGCUGCACUGUGACAUGGUUCCGAAAACAUGUGAAAAUUUUAUCAAGCACUGUUUAAAUGGUUAUUACAAGAACACUAAGUUUCAUAGAUCAAUUAGAAAUUUUAUGAUCCAGGGUGGAGAUCCAGAAGGAACAGGAAUGGGAGGACAGUCAAUAUGGAACACUCCUUUUAAAGAUGAAAUAAAGCCAAAUUUAACUCAUACAGGCAGAGGGAUCUUAAGCAUGGCCAACAGUGGCCCCAAUACAAACAAAUCUCAGUUCUUUAUAACAUUUCGAUCCUGUCGCCACCUGGAUGGCAAGCACUCUGUAUUUGGAAGGGUUGUAGGGGGCCUGAAAACAUUGGAUGCAAUGGAAGCUGUAGAAACAGACAAAAAAGAUAAGCCCAAGACUGAUAUAAUCCUUGAGGACUGUGUUGUAUUCACUGACCCAUAUGAAGAAGCAGAUGAGCAGCUGAAAAAGGAGCGUGAAGAAGAACAAGAGAAGCAACAAAAGGAAACAGAACAGGUGCUGAAGAAGAAAAAACCAUCAGAAGAAACAAGCAUUAAAGUGUAUAAACAAGGAGUUGGGAAAUACAUCAACUCUUCCUCUGUAAAAAGAGCACUGGCUGCCAGUACAGAAGAUGAAACAGAUUCUAAAAAGAAGAAAAAAACAUACGAGUUUGGAAAUUUCACCUCUUGGUAGAAAGAUGAAUUUUUUUGUGUAAUUAUUUGUGUACAAUAUUUCAAUAAAUGGUUUCUAACAAUGUUA